GAUGAUUUUCGUUGACUGAUUUUUGGAGCGACUUCGGUUUGAUUUUACUCAUAUUCCUCAUAGUAUCUUCACCUUACGAUGGUGUGGUUAGUUUCAUAUUGGGCGUUUGUGAACAUCCUGAUCUUUACUGUAGAACAAUUCUGCUACGCAACGGAAGUGAAAGUGACGAUUAAAAAUGGUCCAAUAGUGGGCAUACAACACGAGGGACAUUUUGCUUUUGAAGGCAUACCGUACGCAAAACCUCCUAUCGGUAACCGUCGCUUCGCUGCUUCCGAACUAUUCGAGGAGCGUUGGUACGAGCCAAGGAACACAACCCGUGUUGGGCCAGUUUGUUUGCAGUGGUCUCACCUAAAAUUCGAUGAUGACAAAAUGGAAGGCGCGGAGGACUGCCUGUUCCUUAACGUGUACACACCAAACCUAUCGGCGGACGCCCGCUUACCGACAAUCGUCCAUCUCCACGGUGGCGCGUUCAUGUACGGUGGCGGUGGUUACUUUAGGCCAGAUUUUUUACUUCAACGACCCCUUAUACUUGUAACAGUGAACUAUCGGCUCGGUCCGCUAGGUUUUCUCAGCACAGAAGAUGAUGUGAUCGCUGGCAACUUCGGGCUGAAAGAUCAGGUUACGGCCAUGCAGUGGGUGCAAAAAAAUAUUAAAUACUUUGGUGGAGAUGCAAACAGGGUUACACUUUCUGGUUUCUCGGCCGGUUCUGCCAGCGUUCAUUUGCAUUACCUUUCUCCCCUUUCACGAGGUCUCUUUCACCGUGCCAUUGGGCAUAGCGGUUCGGCACUGAACCCUUGGGUUAUGGUAGAACGGGCUGCCGAAAAGGCUAAAAUAAUAGCGACCGGAGCUGGCUGUACAAUUGAAGGAAAUAGCAAAGAACUUUUGCAGUGCUUACGGCAGCUCCCAGCAGAAAAAAUAGUACGCCAAGUGCCGAAAUUGCAAGAUUUUCUUUACAAUCCCUACUCUCCGUUAGGUGUUGUGAUUGAAAAGCGAGGCAAGUACAAUUCCCAACCAUUCCUUACGGAACAUCCACGCGAUUUAACACGCACCGGAAAGUUAGCCAGGAUACCAUUGUUACUUUCCGUAACCGAAGCGGAAGGAUUGUAUCCGGCAGCGGAAUUUUUCAGCAACGUAAGCUACCUCCACCAUAUCAACGAUCACUGGAACGAGGUACUGCCCAGCAUCCUAGACUACAAAUAUGCCGUCCGAGAUAGUCACCUGAGGGAUGCUCUGUCCCAAGUAAUUAGAACACGCUAUUUAGGGUCGCAUAAGCUAAACGAAAGAGUUUUCCCUCAGUUUGUGCGGCUAGUGUCAAAUCGAUUGUUCUUUGCUGGCGUUACGGAAGCGGCAAAAUUGAUGCAACCUCACAUUCCUGUCUACUUCUACUACGACCAUUACAAAACAACAUACGGCCUUUCGGAAGCCCUCUCCGGAUCCAAACAGUUCCUGGGAGUGCCGCAUGGCGAAGAUAUAUUACUAAUUUUUCCCAGCAGUUUACGCGACGGUAAUCCCUACACGAUGGAAGAGCUGAGCAUGGUUACGAAAUUUUGCGAUUUGUACGAAACGUUUGCAUACGGCCAUCAACCAAGAUUCGGCAAGCUUCUGCUACCAGCUCAGGCAGAUCCCACCCGGUUGACCUAUCUGUUGAUCAAUUCUCCCGUUAGUACCAUCGUCUCAGACGACUUCUUAAGCGAUGAACCAUUUUGGAACAUUUUGAAUUUCAAUGAAAGUUCCACCGUGCAGACAGAUUGA